CUUUAAAUUAAUAAAAUAAAAAGAAAAUAGCUCAUCCAAACUGUUUUCGUAUUUAAAGCAUAAACUAUUUGCAACAAAAUAAAUAUCAAUUGCUAUACAGCAACAGCAAAAUAAAUAAUAAUACAAAUGAUAAGCAUACCAAAGAGAUUAGUACUACUAGGCUUGCAGAAUGAAAUCCAUGUCGGAGUAGGUCUCUCCUGUUGGUUUAUUUUUUUUUUGUUUUUGUAUACCUACUCAAUUUCCAGCCUAUUUACAACACUCACAGUAUAAUUAUUUUAUUUCAGAAACUGUUUGAUAAGGAACUAAGAUUUAAUACAAUUCCUCCACAAACAUGGCUGCUACCCAGGAUAACAUGACGUGUGCAGUCUGCACAGAAGUUUACACAUCACCGAGGUUUCUGCCCUGUCAUCACAGUUUCUGUCUACAGUGUCUAGAGGAGCUGGCAAACAAACAUGGAAACACCAUCCCGUGUCCUACCUGUAGAACUCCUGCUACUGUACCGCCAGGUGGUGUGUGUGAUCUACAAGUCAACUUCUACUUCACGGAGGAAGCUUUAAAGGAGGUGCGGAAUGAGAAAAGCCAGUCCUGGUGUCCUGUUCACACUAAAGAAUGUGUCAUAUUUUAUUGUACACAGUGUGACCAAGGUAUCUGUAUAAGAUGUAAACUGACUAAACACGAGGGACACGUUACAGAAGAUCUGUCAGAAGCAAUCGCUCGUUGUAAGAAAACGAUUAAAGACAGACUUCAGUCCGUUAUGGACAACAUUUCAUGCGAAAAAGACAAGUUGGAAUCCUGUAAAGAAAAUGAAAAGCGAGCCUUAGAAAAGCGAGCUGCAGUAAGGGAGCAGAUUCAAGUCCGGUAUGACGUCAUUGUGGCCAUGGCAGCAAAAUGUCGCGAUGAAGCGCUGCAAGAACUUCAGACAACUUGUGAUGAUGUGGAGAAAGGUCUGGCCGCGAACACACAGCGAGUACAAGACGAACUCAACUCUCUGCUCCAACUUCAGGACCUCGCUCAACGGGCGCUGAGUUCAGCCUGUGACACGGAGGUCCUGCAGGUGGAGAGAGAGAUGAGAUGUAGAGAAAUAAGCGACACUCCACCUGUGCUAUCUGGCCAGACUUACCUCCCUGUACUCCAUGGUGACUUCCAUAACUACAUUGAGAACCGCUACAUGAAGACAUUUAUCGGGUCACCAGUCAAACAGAGUUUCCAAAGUAAGAAAACCGCAGACGUCGUUCGAGUGGGUCGAUGUGGCUAUCGAGGAUGUCGGGAAGUGCAUGCUCUGAGGCAGAUGGAGAAUGGAAACAUCGAUGUGUUUUAUGGGGGAACAGGAGGAGACUACUCCAAAGAGAAAUCUUUGUUUUUAAACUCUGACGGUUCUAUAGGACCUGAUACAGACUACGGAUAUCGGAUAUCAUGCGUUACACGAAAGCUUUACAAAUGGCAAUGGAAAUAUCCAACAUCUUGUAACCUGGGUUCUAAGAAUAACAGUAUGCAUUCUUUAAUGCAAAAUUUCGCAACAGGUGUAUCUGCUAUAUGCUCAAUAGAGUAUCAGCUAGAAUAUGGAAAAGAAAUCUGUUCUGCAGGUCGUAUUUUAAGUCUUCCAAUGGUAAAUAGAGCAGAUAACUUUGACUUCAACCAGCAAGGAACGUUCUUUGCUGUAGUAGACGAAGAAGAAGAGAUGAACUCAGAUGAUGAAUCAAUGAAGACAAACAAGAGUAAAGCAGACAGUCGGCGUUCCCGUGUUGUACGUGUGUAUUCUAUAAAAUGUAUGGACCCCAUAGCGACCUACACGUCACCAAUACAACCCUUCUUCCCAACAGACGUCUGCUUCUAUGGCAAAGAUGUGCUGCUGAUCGCUGACUGGAUGAACGACUGUGUGCACGUGACACGAGUAUCAGACAGUGGCAUCAAGUUUGUCGACUACCUGCCCGGCAGUGGUGACAUGGUGCAGCCCACAGCUCUGAACCUUGACCUUAACGGUCAGCUGCUAAUUGGAUGUGGGGAUGGAUGGGUCCUUAGAGUACCUGUCGACUACUAGGAAACACUUCCUGAUAGCGUUUUGUCUGAACUGUGGCAUAAAGUUAGGUAGUAUAUGACAAUGACACCCAUCGAACACAACGGACAUAAAAGUUAAGACGAAACAUUUAAAUAUUAAUGCCUAAAAUGUAAGUCAACAAUCAAGCAGUGAAGGCUUGACAGAAUUUCCUAAGACAGCAUCACAGCAAAGAUUCUCUUAACUAUUUAUAAUACAUUGAGAAACAUAAACAAAUUGUGACAGGAGUAUGCGUCUUUUAUUGAGCAAGAAGCUUAUUAUUCUUUUUUAGGAUGAUAUGGCCAACCACUAUAAUGAUUAAGCAACAUAUAUAUAUAUAUCCCCUUAAUCAUUGGAGACUGCAUGUGUGUCAAUAUAUAUAUACUACAAAGAGAAUAUACAAAA